UCUCUUUUUUUCUUUUUUUUUUCCUUUUGUUUCGUCCUUGUUUUAUAUUUAAACACUCGCUUAUAACAUACUUUAUAUACACUUAUUCGAUAAUAUAUAAAAAGAAAUGGAUAAUCAUAAUAAUUCUAACAUUCCAAAUGAUCUUUAUUACCUUGAUGAAAACUUUUCAAUUAGGUCACUUAGAAAAUAUCAACUAAAGCAAAUCCUAACCUCACACAAUAUUCCUUAUCUUCAAAACAUUACUAAAUCAGAUCUUGUCAACUUAUUCAAGAAACACAUCAUAUCUAGACGUGAAGAGAUCUUGAAAGAAUAUAGAUCAAAACAAGCAAAUAAACAACCUGUUGAAUAUGGACUUGGACACCGAGUUUCCCAUAAACCAACCAAGUUUUAUAAUGAUGACUUUGUUGAAUCUUCUACUAUAAAACGUCGUCGCCAACAAAAGCCUAAUCAUGAAAAAGGAAAAACAACAAAGGCAUCAUCCCCUACCAUAACAAAAUAUGAACUUCCUCUUAUCAAGGAUGAAGAUGGGUUUGCUAUACCUGCACCCCCUAAGCGAUCAUCAAACACUAAAUUAUCUUUUAACCCAGAAGAUUCAUUUGGUGAAGAAGAUGAAAAUACAAAUGCAACAACUUUAACUCACUACAAUAAAGUAUAUAAGAAAUCAGCGAAUGGUAAUAAAGAGUCCGUCUAUUCAAUUAAUAAAACUACUUCUAUUGUUCCCGAUAGUCUUUCAUAUGAAGAUUCUGCUUUUUCAAUUCCUGGCAGUAAUGUUAAUCAUAAUAACAACAAAACCGGCGGUCAUUUUAAUCCUGAAGACUCCUUUGCUUCCUCGGCUGAUGAAGAAAGUCAUGAUUUGGCGAAUCGUGUCCGUAUUCAAAAGAAAACAUCAAAGGAUUUACCACGAAAAGUUUCAUUUGCAGAUGAAGUAGAAGUAGAGGAAAAUGAAAGUGACGAAAAUGAAGAAAAAGAAAUAGAUGAAGAAGAGGAUGACGAAGAUUACCAUGCUGAUGAAGAUGAUAGCGAUGAUGAUGAAGAAGAUUAUAUUGGAGAAAUAGAUGAAGAUGAGCUUGUAUCUCUUUAUAAAGAUCAGACUAUUCCAGCAGAUAAACUAGCCAAAUCUACUGAAUAUCCAGUUGUGACCCGAUCAAAGACAUUAUCUGCUGUUAAAAGAAAAGCAAUGUUAUGGAAAGCUCGAUUAAAGAAAAUAGGAUAUAUCUUCUUUUCUACAUUCUUAUUCUUUAUACUGAUUGGGUAUUUUAUUACUGCCUAUGCUCGUCAAAAGAAUGGUUAUUGUACAAGCUCCCCUACCCGUUUACCAAAUAAUACUACAUCCCUCUUUUCUUUCUUACCCUCUCCUUGUAUCCCCUGUCCUGACCAUGGUGUUUGCAUUGAUGGAGAAUUGACAUGCGAUGUUAUGUAUCAAAGAAAGACACCAUUUUACAAUAUUGGGCAUUUAUUACCUAUUGCAGAUGAUUGUCUUCAUAACUCUGUUCUUGGAAGACACGUUGCAAUAGUUGAACGCAAGAUAAAGAAUCUAUUAGCUCUUCACCAAGGUGAAAUGACAUGCGAUUAUGCAGUCAAUAAUUUUACUGUGGAUGAUACAGAAACAAUCAUGGCUCGUAUUCCAGUAAAGGAUAUUUUAACAAAAAUAAAGGCAAAAAUGGAACAAAAGAUAAAAUCGGAUAAGUUUGAAGAAAUCUUGGUACUUGCUCUUGCUGCUGCUUUAGAAGAUCCAAAAAUUCAUUAUUGGGAAUCAAAUAAUGAAGCUUAUCUUGGAACAGAAUAUACAAAAUAUACAACAGUAUGUAAAAUCAAAAGAAUGUAUAAAAAGAUAUCUUUCAAGACCAAGAUGUAUAUUAUUCUUUUUAUUUCAACCCUAUCUGCCUUGGUUCAUACUCUAAGUGAAUAUAGGAAGAAUAAAGCUUAUAAACAUAAAAUGAAUGAACUUGUAAAAACUAUCCUUGGUGAACUACAAAAGCAGUAUGAAAAUUAUCAUCGUGACCCCGCAACCUAUGAUAAUCCAGCACUUCCAGUUUCGCAGCUUCGUUCAAGUAUUUUAGAUGUGAAUAAGCGUGAAACUAUUAAAGACUGGCAAUAUGUAGAAGAACAAUUCAAAACUCAUCCUCAUGUUCGUAGAUCUUUUCAUGAAAUAAGAGGCGAUCCUGUUGAAUUUUGGGAAUUUACAACAUAAUUUCUACUUUUUCUUUUCUUUUCCUUUUUUUUUUUGUACAUAAAUAUGUAUAUAAAUAAU